GUGUGGUCUGAGGGGGUGCUGAAGUUUCUGAUCUCAUUUCCUGCAUAACUCUGUCUGAGGCGCCAUCGUUUUACAUUUUCUUUCUGAUGUCGUCUUUCAGAUUUUAGUUUUUCGACGUGUCAGACAGUGAUUGACAGCUAAGGGGGCGGAGCCAGCAGAGUCCCGCAGAGCAGCUGCAGAGUCGACUUUAAACGGCGGUCAUGUUGGUUCUGGUCUGGUUAUUGUUCCUGACGAUGACGACGAUGAAGAGUGACGCUGCCUCUGCAGAGAUCAUCACUGCACGCAGCGGUGAGGCCGUCCUGCUGACCUCAAGGGCGGUGUUGCAGCGCAGCCAGGACGCCAGAUGGACUCACCACCACCUGGCGGUGUCACUGAGGAACAACAGGAUGAGGUGUCAGCACGGACGCUGCGAGCUGCUGAGUAACGGCUCUCUGAGAUUCAGCCGACUUCAGACUGCAGACUCAGGAAACUACACCCUGGAGGUGUUUGAUGAAAGUGGGAAACGACUGAUGAAGAAAGACUUCGAGCUCAGGGUGGAGGAUAGCAUCAGCAACAGCAACAGCAGCAACAGCAACAGCAACAGCAGCAGCAGUGCGGUGGUGUCUGUGUUGAUCUGCUGCUUCCUCCUGCUGCUACUCUUCAUCAUCAUCUUCAUCUUGAGGAGGAGGAGUCAAAGGAUGAGGACAGCAGGUCCUUUGCAGGAAAAUGUCUAUAUGGUGAUGCAACAUGGCGGAAAACGGAAAGAUGAGGAGGAGAAGCAGGAGAGAGAGGAGGAGUCUAUUUAUGUUCCCUGUAAUCCUAUUGUUUCCAUGGAAACACCAAGCACACAGCAAAUGUCUGAGGAUUUAGAAGACAUCUACGUGUGACGACCAAUCCAAGCUCACCUUGUUUUCAGAGUGCUUUGUCUUACCUGCACACCACAGCUCACCUUUAGUUUGCCAUCCACUAUCUCUUACCUGCCUCUUAUUUUUAUAUAAAUAAACUUGUACAUAGACCAUCCAGAUGAUUCUGUUUGUUUUGGGGAGUUAGAAUCAAAAUGUCUGACAAUGAUUACCACACUCAAAUACAAAAAACCUGAUAGUUGGUAAAAAGUGGGGUUAAAACGAUUCUGCCUGCUAAUGGUGGCAAACGGUCACACCAGUUUCAGAGGUCUGGGGGAAAAAUUUCUGCUGUUGCAGGUUUUAUAAGCACAGUUAGUUAUUAAAGGGAUAUUUCACAGCUGGAAUGAUGGUAUUUUUUUUUAUAAAACUGGGCUGUCUAUGCAGUAGGGAAAAGAAAAAGGGCUGUAGUAUUCCCAAAAUUGAAUCAUUAAAGAAGCUCAUGAAGUCGUUGCUACUGAGGGCUAUAAGAAUACAUGGCUCAAUAGAGCUGUGACUCUGUCAGCCUG